AUGGCCCUCAUCUCAAGUGUUGCCGGUUUCGCCACCUUUGGCGUUGCCGCCCGUGCCGUCGCCCUCACCAUCCAGCGCCGCCCCAUCGUCAGCGGAUUCGGAGGAUACGGUGCUGCCGUUGUUGCUUUCGGAGGCGUCGGAUACUUUGUUCACAACGUCGAGCAGAGACAGAACGAGUUGUUGAAGGAGCGCAAGGAGGUCCUUCUCGCCAACCGCGAGAGGAGACUCGCCCAGGACGCAUAA